AUGCGUCUACCCAGGAAUUCAAGGUUAUUGUGUUUCCUUCUUUCAUUAUCGUUCAUACCACCGUUCAUACUGGUAUUCAGUUUAUUAGCUUGGUUGGACGAGUCUAUGAAGAUUUGUUUACCUUUUUCGUUGAACAGAAUAUCCACACAAGCACAUCAAUCGUUAUCCUGUCAAGCCAAAUCGUAUACCAGCAUCAGCUCAAAAGGUACAGGGCUGAAAGCGAUCAUGUCCGAAGUCAAUGGAGAUGGUAUCUCCACUGGAAUCAAACAGGGAAAUGGAAAUGGGAAACAACAAGGUAAAUUAGCGGGUUUCCUGACAAGUCAAAAAGAAACUUUUUUGGAUGAUCUGAAGAAAGGGAAUGGGAAUGGAUGGACAGUAGUUAUGGGUAAUGAAGCUGGAGACCUUGACUCGAUCGCAUCUUCAAUAUCUUAUGCUUAUCUUUCAGCAGCAUUGACAGCCCAACGCUCAGUACCAUUGAUCUUAACUCCAGCGAACUUGAUGAAACUUCGACCGGAAAAUCUACUAGCGUUUGAACUAUCUUCUUUCCCAGUAGAGUCACUAUUACAUCCUGAACAAUUACCUAUUUCAACAACAGAACUAUCUUCUUUAGGAGUCAAAUUCGGUCUAGUAGAUCAUAAUAGACUGUUACCCCCUUUCGGUGAUCACACUCGUGACGGUACAGUCGAAAGUAUAAUUGAUCAUCAUGAAGACGAACAUUCGCAUUUAGAUGCUGAAAUAAGAGAAAUUCAAAUACCAACUGGAAGUUCAGCAUCAUUAGUAACGAAACAUUUUAUGAAAGAAUGGAAAUCUUCUUUGUCUUCUUCUCCUGCAGGUCAAAAAGGUUCACCAAUCCCAUCUGAAUUAGCAACUUUGUUACUGUCUGCAAUAUUAAUCGAUACAACAGGUUUAAAACCUGAUAGGAAAGCUACAGAAACAGAUUAUCAAGCUGCUUCUUUCUUAUAUCCAAUUUCAACUUUAUCUACCACCACUACCCCCAAUCCCGAUAAUACUAGUGCUGUCGACAGUCAACAGAAUGGUGAUGGUCAUAUCAUUUCGUUCUCAACGGAUGGAUCCAAUAUACCUCAAGAUUUAACUAUCUUGACUGAGAAAUUACAAGAUACGAAGAUGGAUGUAUCAUCAUUAACGACCUCUCAACUUUUAUUAAGAGAUUACAAGGAAUAUUCAUUACCUACUUCAUCAUCUGAAUAUCCGACAUUGAAAAUCGGUUUAUCCACUGUACCAUUAGGAUUCAAAAAGUGGUUAUCCAAAGAACCUAAUGGAUUCGAAAGUUUGUUGGAGGAGACGAACGAGUACAUGGAAGAGAAAACAUUAGAUAUAGAAGGGAUUUUAACUAGUUUCAAAAAUGGUCAAGGGAAAAGCAGAAGAGAAUUAGCUUUGAUCGUUCGUCGUUCAGGUGGAGUAAUUAAAUCACAUGAACAAGCUAACAAAGUCUUGAAAGAAUUGAAAAAAGGCUUGGAAACAAAUUCAGAUUUGUUGGAUCUGUCUAAAUGGGAUAAAGAUAAUAAAGGGGCUAUAAGCGCUUGGGAAAAUCAUAAUGAUCAAGUCGUUUUUUGGAAACAAGGUAAUGUGAAAAGUACAAGAAAACAAGUAGCUCCGAUAUUGCGCGAUUUGGUAGCUUCGCUGAACUAG